CCUCAUCUCCCUUUCCAAAUCCUCCUCUUUUCCAGCCUCCCCCUUCCCCACGAAAAAUCAAAAUCCUCACAGACCUCACCCCUCGCGUCGCAGACCUCCCCAAUCCUGUCAUCUCCGGCCACAGGCCUCGCGAAGCAGCUUAAAGGCGACCUAGAAGCUUCCGCCGGAUCUACAUACGAGCUUCAGCGCAAGCUUGUUCGGACUGCUCUAGCAGAAGACAGCUUCGGCGGUGUCCAGUCAUCUUUCUCCUACGUGUACCCUAACUCCGCCGUUUUUCAGGACGUGAUGCUUUCCAAGGGAAGUUUGGGACCUUUUAAGGCUAUGAUGAUACUAUCUGGUUUGCCAAACAAUCAAUCCAAGAUUCUGAACAUAUAUGGUUUCUGAUUAAUGAUAUGGAGUUGAUGCGCCUAUAUCAUUCUCCCUCUCAAGCAUCUCAAGAUUCAUGCUUUUAAUAGUUAUGGUUUUAUGCAUGUAAUUAGAUUUGUGAACAUUCACAUGACCAAUGUGGUGAUAAUGUAUUUCAUUUUAGUACGCUACAAUUGAUUUUAAUGGGG